ACAGAAGAGACUCCUUCCUCUUCUCUCUUCCCAUUGUCUCAGUAGUUGUCUGCAGAAUCACCACCGAGUCCGGCGCCCUCUGAUUGGCUUCAUAUAUUAUUCAUCAGCUAAGAACCAAACCCAAACUCGCCAAAACCAAAAAAAAUGAUGAUGAAGCUUGUUGGGUUGCCGGCACUGUGUUUUGGGGUAUAAGAAGAAGUAGAAGAAGUGGGUUUUGCAUGCACUUGUGCUUUGGAAGUGUUAUAAGAUUUUGAAACUGAAGGUCGGACUUGGUCUUUGCUCAGUAACAAGAGUUUUGAAAGUGUCAGAGGAUUCGGGCUUUGUCUUACAUAUUUGGUGAAGAAUUGGUGUCACUUGGUUGAUUGGAUGCUGUUGUGAACAAUAUGGCCUCUAAUUACCCAAAUGGAACCUCCAGGUUUAACCAUUUCAAGCAAACUAGCAAUGACCUUGACAGUGGUAUAGGGAGUGUUGAGUUUGCAACCUACACUGUCCAGAUACCCGUCACACCGGACAACCAGCCCGCCGGAAUCUCCUUGCAGCGGUCAACUUCUCAGAGAGUUGAGGACCAAUAUGCAUCCAGUUCUUUGUUUACAGGCGGCUACAACUGCGUCACGCGAGCACAGUUGAAGGACAAGGUGAUUGAAUCCGAAACCAGCCAUCCUCAGAUGACAUGGGCCAAGGGGUCUUAUUGUACUGUGCCGGGAUGUGAUGCUCAGGUGGUGACUGAUGAGAGGGGUUUGGAUAUUGUGCCUUGUGAAUGUGGUUAUAAGAUAUGUAUGGAUUGUUAUAGGGAUGCUAUGAGAAAUGGUGAGACCAUUUGUCCGGGCUGCCAGGAACCUUAUAAGGAGAUGGACAUGAAUGAGUAUGGCGUGACUAUGCGGCAGCAACGUCUGUCGACGGAUGGAAUGUCAAAGACGGAGAGGAGGAUGUCACUUAUGAAAUCAAAGUCGAUCAAGUCAAAAGCAUUGAUGGAGAGUCAGGCCAUUGAGAUGGAUCAGAAUCAGUGGUUGUUUGAGACUAAAGGGAGUUAUGGAUAUGGAAAUGCUAUGUGGCCAAAGGAAGAUGCGAGUGGUAGUCUUGAUGGUGGGAUGGGGGGUGAUCCUAAAAUGUUUAAAGAUAAGCAAUGGAAGCCUCUAACGCGUGAAGUGACAAUCUCAGCUGCAAUUAUUAGUCCAUACCGGCUCCUAGUAGUAGCUCGACUGGUGGCCCUUGGAUUAUUUUUGCAAUGGCGAGUCAGAAACCCCAAUGAUGAUGCAGUAUGGUUGUGGCUUAUGUCUGUGAUUUGUGAGUUCUGGUUUGCCUUCUCUUGGAUACUUGAUCAGCUUCCAAAGCUGUGCCCUAUAAAUCGCAUUGCUUAUGUCGAUGUUUUAAGGGAGAAGUUUGAAACUCCAAAUCCCAGCAAUCCCACUGGAAAAUCUGAUCUUCCAGGGAUAGACAUUUUUGUAUCUACAGCAGAUCCAGAGAAAGAACCUCCUCUUGUAACUGCAAACACAAUUCUCUCGAUACUUGCAACUGACUAUCCUGUUGAGAAGCUUGCCUGUUAUGUUUCGGAUGAUGGAGGUGCACUUUUGACUUUUGAGGCCAUGGCAGAAGCUGCUAGUUUUGCCAACUUGUGGGUACCAUUUUGUCGGAAGCAUGAUAUUGAGCCAAGGAACCCAGAAUCUUACUUCAGCAUGAAGAGAGAUCCUUAUAAGAAUAAAGUACGCUCUGAUUUUGUAAGGGACCGUAGGCAGGUAAAGCGUGAGUAUGAUGAAUUCAAGGUUAGGAUUAAUGGUCUUCCUGAUUCCAUUCGGAGACGUUCCGAUGCAUUUAAUGCUAGAGAGGAGAUCAAAGCUAUGAAACUUAAGAGAGAGACUAGAGAUGAUGAACCAGUGGAAAAUUUAAAGCUCCCAAAAGCAACUUGGAUGACUGAUGGAACACAGUGGCCUGGUACUUGGGUGAACUCUUCCCCUGAGCAUACCAAGGGUGAUCAUGCCAGUAUCAUACAGGUGAUGUUAAAACCCCCUAGCGACGAGCCACUUACAGGAACAGAAGUGGAUUCAAAUUCCAUGAAUCUGAGUGAGGUUGACAUCCGUCUUCCCAUGCUUGUUUAUGUUUCUCGAGAAAAGAGGCCUGGUUAUGAUCAUAACAAGAAAGCUGGUGCUAUGAAUGCCUUGGUUCGUGCCUCGGCCAUCAUGUCCAACGGGGCCUUCAUUCUCAAUCUUGACUGUGAUCACUACAUCUACUACUCCCAAGCAAUGAGAGAGGGCAUGUGCUUUAUGAUGGACCGUGGUGGUGAACGCCUUUGUUAUGUCCAAUUUCCUCAGAGGUUUGAAGGAAUAGACCCUUCUGAUCGCUAUGCCAACCACAACACUGUUUUCUUUGACAUCAACAUGCGUGCUCUUGAUGGAAUUCAGGGUCCAGUAUAUGUGGGAACAGGGUGUCUCUUUCGUCGUAUUGCCUUGUAUGGCUUUGAUCCACCCUUGGUAAAAGAACGUGAUGGCUGCUGUAGUGGUUUCUUUGCAAAGCGCAAGAAAACAUCUAUGGUUGCUUCUGCUCCUGAAGUUGAUUCCCAAGAUGGAUCGAUCGAUCUAGACAAUGACAAUGAAGAAAUGGGAGUUUCUCUUAUUCCGAAAACGUUUGGGAACUCAAGCCUCUUUGUUGACUCCAUCAGAGUUGCAGAGUUCCAAGGUCGACCCCUUGCUGAUCAUCCAUCUAUGAAAAAUGGACGCCCCAUUGGUGCCCUUACUCUACCCCGGGAACUUCUUGAUGCAUCAACAGUUGCAGAGGCAAUUAGUUGCAUCUCAUGCUGGUAUGAGGAUAAGACUGAAUGGGGCCAACGAGUUGGGUGGAUUUAUGGUUCAGUGACUGAAGAUGUGGUCACAGGUUACAGGAUGCACAACCGUGGAUGGAAAUCCAUCUACUGUGUCACUAAGAAGGAUGCCUUUCGAGGAAGUGCCCCAAUCAAUCUCACUGAUAGGCUUCACCAGGUUUUGAGGUGGGCUACUGGCUCUGUUGAGAUAUUCUUUUCUCGAAACAAUGCUCUUCUAGCCAGCUCCAGGAUGAAGUUUCUCCAAAGGAUUGCCUACUUGAACGUCGGAAUGUACCCUUUCACAUCCAUUUUCCUCAUUGUUUACUGUUUCCUCCCUGCACUCUCACUCUUCACUGGUAAGUUCAUUGUUCAGGAACUCAACGUAACCUUCCUGGUAUAUCUCCUGGCCAUAACAAUUACCCUCAUUCUUCUUGCCGUGCUUGAGAUCAAGUGGUCUGGAAUUGAACUGGAGGAGUGGUGGAGGAAUGAGCAGUUUUGGUUGAUUGGUGGCACAAGUGCCCACCUUGCUGCUGUGCUCCAAGGUCUACUAAAGGUUAUAGCAGGAAUUGAGAUUUCAUUCACUUUGACAUCAAAAUCUGGGGGCGAUGACACAGAUGAUGAUUUUGUUGAUCUUUAUAUCUUCAAAUGGUCAUCUCUGAUGGUACCACCUAUUACUAUCAUAAUGAUCAACUUGAUUGGAAUGGGUGUUGCAGUUUGUCGAACAAUAUACAGUGAUGCACCAAAGUGGAGUGCCUUGCUUGGAGGUUCUUUCUUCAGCUUCUGGGUGUUGGCUCAUCUAUACCCCUUUGCCAAAGGACUUAUGGGAAGACGAGGGAGGACCCCCACGAUUGUGUUUGUCUGGUCUGGGCUGAUAGCAAUCACCAUAUCUCUUCUUUGGGUAGCUAUUAGUCCCCCAUCAGGCAGUGAAGGAAUUGGAGGUUCAUUCCAGUUCCCUUGAUACUUGGAGUCAUGACAUUAUUUCUACUCACUCAUCUUUUGUCUUUGUGAGUUCGACUUAAACCAGGCAGCUGUAGGCAAAUCGUAUAGGUUCUCCAGUGACAUGUACAUUUUCUAGCCAUCUUUUUUUUUUUUUUUAACUCUGAAAUUGAUGUUCAUAGGAAAACUGGAUUUAUAUACAUUGGUUCAUUUGAUUACU